CAUUUUGGUGAACAUUGAACUUUACUUCAAAUUUAUACUUCGCUUUUUUCUUUGUUCAAAACAUCUUGUGUAUAAAUAACUUCCGCAGAAAUUUAACAAAAUAUAUGUAAAUUUAAAGAAAAUGUAUCAAAUAUCAAAAUUAUCAGUAUUACGUGGUUUAACUGGAACAAUACGUUAUUCUGCUAGCAAAUGUGGAUCCAAAGGCUCCUCCAAAGACGGAAAAGGUGAUUCGAAAAAAGGUGCGCCUGGCAAAUGUGGACCUAAAGAUGGUAAAGGUGAUUCAAAAAAAGCUGCGCUGCCUAGCAAAUGUGGACCUAAAGAUGGAAAAGGCGAUUCAAACAAAUGUGCACCGACUAGCAAAAGUGGAUCCGCAGGCUCCGCAAAAGAUGGAAAAAGUGAGGCAAAGUGUGCGCCUUUGAAAAAAUUGGAUCUAUGCGAAGCUAAAAAAGGAGGAAAAGAUGCAAAAGCAAAUAGAUGUGGCGCUGUACCACCACCACCACCUGAACCCAAAAAACCUGAAACCUUGGGUGGCGUUGGUAGGGAGUCCAGUUGCAAGCCGAAGAAAAAGCCACCAACGAAAGGCACCAGCACCGCAGGAACUUUCCGAAAAAUUUGUUUAUUCGGCGUCAUACCGGCUAUUGUAUUGCUAAAUAUAUUAAUAUUCGCUACGAGAACCCAUCCGGAGCGUGAAGAGUUCAAAAAGUGGCCACAUAUGUAUAAGCGAGACAAGCCCUUCCCUUGGGGAGAUGGAAUCAAAUCGUUCUUUCACAACCCACAUACCAAUGCAUUACCUGAGAUCGGUUAUGAAGACGAAUAAAAGCGUGCGUGUUUCUAUAUUUCGAAUAUGUACAAUAUAUUUCAUCGAAAUGUCAAGUAAAUGUACAAAAUAAAUUAACAUUUUUUUAUAUCCGGUAUAUAAUCGCAAUUGA